AUGCCUCGCAACUCACCCUGUACUCGAUCCCGUCAAAAAUCAUGUAUCGCAUGUGCGGAGGGCAAAAGACGUUGCAAUCGACAGACUCCGCAGUGCUCCCGAUGUCUCGCCCGAGGUGUGCAGUGCUGCUACGUGAAUCGAUCACAACAGACUGAAACCUAUCUACAACCACGGACUCCGCCUUCGAUAACAUUUCCUGAUUACUCCGACGAUCUCCUACUAUACGAAGACUCAACUGAAUCAACCCUUUUUUACGAUGAUAAUAUCAAUGACUCAUCAUGGCUCACGAGUCCUUCCUCACUUUCAUCAUAUCCAACACUAUCCUCGAUCCCGAAAUAUCCCGAGCUCACAGUUGUGGAGAAAUGGGCUACACAAAAGAUCGUGCAGAAUAUCAAGAACAUGCCACAUCUAUUCUUUCAACACGGCAAAAAUUCAUUCAUCCACGCACGCCUAUAUGAGUCUCAUCUUCCCGACGCAAUUCAAGAUGCAUUUACAGUGUCUGCGGCGUAUUGCACUAAGAAUGUCGAAACAGCAGAUAUGGUCUUUCGUAUCUUGGAAUCGAAAGCUAGUUCUCUCAUGAGACAGGAUUACGCGGCCCAGCCCCUGGAAGCCUUACUGGCAGCCACACAGGCCCUAAUGCUGUUCCACAUCAUGCAGCUCUUCGAUGGUGAUAUUCGACAACGAUCGGUCGCGGAGCAGAGUUUGGUGACUUUAAAUUCGAUGACUGUCCAGCUACAUAUGCGCGCAGCAGAACUUGCACCGGCAUCUACGUGGCAGAUGUGGAUCUUCGCUGAGAGUAUUAGGCGGACGGUGAUUAUGUCGAUGCUUAUUGAGGGCUUGUAUUCUGUGCUGAAAUCGGGGUUCUGUAACUGUGUGCCUACUUUGAGUUUACUUCCUUUCACUGCCGGCGCAGAGCUGUGGGAUGCAAAUACAGAUGCUUCGUGGCUAGCUAAAAGCCAACAGGGUGGGACUUUGGAUGUAGUGCUGUAUGGUGACUUUUCAGGGGCUUGGGCGAAGGGCCUUGUUCCAAGGAAGCUGGAUCCCUUUGAGAAGCUCUUACUUACACCCUGUGUGGGUGAAAAGUAUCGGAAGUUCCUUGAACUUCAGGAGUGUACUUGA